AUUAGUGAGUCAGUGUUAUUUCACAUCUUCAUUCUCAGUGAGAGUGAUCAGAUCAGUUGAUGAGCAAAGGAUACUGCCAUUUCUCCCUGACCUUAUCAGAUGAUCGGCUUAAACAAAGAAUAAAUCAGUUUCUGAGAUUACAGUAUCACUUUAACCCCCUCUCUAGCUUUUUUGAAGGCAUUUUAGGCAUUUUGAAGAAAUCCAUCUAUACAAAACCGAAAUUCAAAUUUUAAGCUGAGAUCCUGUUGUAGCAUUGAUCAUUACUAUACUUGUGAAUGGAUCUGGACUCAUCAUGGUCUCUCUUUGUUUCAGUUAUUGCAGAUGAUAAAUAUUUGUUUUAUUUUGGCCAAUGGCCAAAACCUUUGGAGUUGAGUUUCAGAUUGGUGAUGGGCAGAGAACACAAAGGCCAAUCCAAAGUCCUGUUUUACCUGUUUUUCUUUGUAAAAAGCCUUCCCAUCAUCAAGAUAUCUCACCAAUCACUUUAUCAGAUGGUGGAUGUAGCCAUUAGAGAAUGUAGCAACAUCUUAGACAAAGGCGUUUCUAUAAAAAGGUCCAGGAAGACCCGUCUACUACGCAUGCUUGCUUGUUUCGGGACCGCAGUUGGACAUCAGCAAGCAUGUUGGGUUCUUCUCUUCUGGUUAUAAUAUGCAUCUUGCUCAUCUUCUUCCUCAUAAGGGUCAAGAGGCCAAAUAAUUUUCCUCCAGGACCUCCUCCUAUUCCUAUAUUUGGAAAUCUGCUUCAGAUCAACCUGGCAAAUCCUUUAAAGGAUUUUGAAAGAUUUGCAGAGAAAUAUGGGAACAUUUUCAGCUUUUAUACCGGAUCGAGGCCAGCAGUUCUUCUGAACAGUUUUGCAGUUAUUAAGGACGCUCUGGUUACCAAAGCUCAAGACUUUUCAGGACGACCUCAAGACUUCAUGAUCAGUCAUGCUACAGAGAAUAAAGGUAUUGUGUUGGCUGACUAUGGACCCGUUUUAAAGGACCAUCGACGCUUUGCUCUCAUGACCCUGAGGAAUUUUGGUCUGGGGAAGCACUCCAUGGAGGAGAGAAUCCUGGGGGAAAUUUCACACAUUCUUGAUUACCUUGAUUACCCCACAAAUUUAAUUUGCAUUAACAAUAACUUGAGAUUUUAUGUUCUUUUCUACCAGAUAUACGACACAUUUCCUGUAUUGAGAAUUCUGCCCCUGCCUUUUAAAAAAGCAUUUGAUAAUGUAAAAAUAAUAAAAAGUAUGAAUCAGAAGCUAAUUGACGAACACAAGAGCACAAGAGUCCCAGGAGAGCCGAGAGACUUCAUCGACUGCUAUCUGGAUGAGCUUGAUAAGGGAAAAAAUUGUGUUUCCACCUUUUGUGAAGACAAGCUCCUCAUGAACAUCAUGGAUCUGCACUUUGCAGGGACCGACACCAUUUCUAACACCCUCCUCACUGCUUUCCUCUACCUCAUGAACCACCCAGAGGUGCAAGUAAAAUGCCAGCAAGAGAUUGAUGAUGUUCUGGAGGGUAAAGAUCAGGCGUCGUAUGAAGACAGACACAAUAUGCCGUACACACAGGCUGUGAUUCAUGAGGUUCAGCGCGUUUCUAACACUGUACCGCUAAGUGUGUUUCACUCCACCACAAGAGACACAGAGCUAAUGGGCUACAACAUCCCAAAGGGAACUAUAAUCAUUCCUAACCUUACUAGUGUCCUAAAAGAAGAUGGUCAGUGGAAGUUUCCUCAUGAGUUCAACCCAGCAAACUUCCUGAAUGAACAGGGCCAGUUUGAGAAACCUGAGGCCUUCAUACCCUUCUCCGCAGGUCUCCGUGUGUGUCUGGGUGAGAGUCUGGCCCGUAUGGAGCUCUUCUUGGUUUUUGUCACUUUGCUACGGCGUUUUCAGUUUGUGUGGCCUGAAGAUGCUGGAAAACCAGAUUACACCCCUGUAUUUGGGCUCACUUUUACACCCAAACCCUACAGAAUGCACAUCAGGCAGAGAGACACGGUUAAACAGUGAAUCUUAAUGCUGACAGUGCUGCUGCAUAUAAAGUCUGUUGGCUUUUAUCUUUAGAGAAACUUUUCAUCAGCAACAUUGUAAUCUUUCAUAAUGGAUCUAUCAUGAACUUCAAGAUGAUGAGUGAUGUAUCUUUCAAACAUACUUUUGUCAUUUUGUAUUUUCCACACAACACAAUAAAGCUCUAAUCAAUCUAAAACAUUUUUGAACCAUUUCUAGACAAACAUCUUAGUUUGGUGAAAUAAAUCUUCUCUUUGCACAGCUGAUGUUCUUUCUGAAAUGCACAUCUGAAUAAAGCUUUAAAGGCAAAAUAAAAAAGAAAAAUCUGUCAUCGCUAACUAUUCACAUUUGAAUUUUUUUCAUGUUGAACACAAAGAUAUUUUGAAAAAUUAUAUUUAAGUAGAAUUCUAGUUUAAUUUGCCCAUUUCUAAUUAUUUGAAGUCCCAGCCACCUAAUGUCUGUGGUUUGUGCCUUGCUUUAUACAUUUGUUUUAUAGUUUUUGUGAGUAAACUUAAGGUUAAACUUGCAGUGCAUCCGGAAAGUAUUCAUAGCGCUUCACUUUUUCCACUUUUUUUUGUUACAGCCUUAUUCUUCAAAAUUCUACACACAAUACCCCAUAAUGACAAUGUGAAAAAAGAUUAUUUUUUCAGUGCUGUUUGACAUGGAAAAGUGGAAACUUCCUCAUGUGUGGAAUUCAGCAAAUGUCCUGAAUAAACAGGGCCAGCUGCAGGAAUUCUCUGUUGAAAAGAUAACAUUGUCUGUUUUUACGUGCAUUAUUGUUUUGUCAUUGUAAAUUUAAGUCACACACGAUUUGUGUUGCUUUGGCGAGUCUUUUUAAGACACGCGAGUAUUGGAAUGUCAUAAAUCUCCUCCAUGUACUUGUCCUGCUGAGGAUGUGGAUCAACCCUGUUGUGUUUCUGCAUUUUGCUUCUGAUGUUUGCUCAAGUUGAUUUGAAUAUGCUUGUAACUUGUUCUUUUGCUCCAAAAAAAUAAGAAAAUAUACUUUGUCAUUUUUAUGCUUCUCACUUUAUAGGCCUACUUUUAUAUACUUUAAAUUGUAUUUACUCAA